AUUAAUGUUAAAAUUUAGAAAAAAAGAAAAACUUUACCAGACAAAAAAAAGACAUAUGUAAAAUUUUCUUGGCAUUUUACAGUCAGACAUAUCUUGAUACUUAACUUAUAGACAUGAAUACUUCAGAAAUUCAACAUUUUAGUCUAAAUCGAAUUCUUUUGCUUAGUGUUGGUUUAUGGCCCUACAAUCAAUCAAAACUCGUUUCGUUGCAACAGAUCUUACUUUUUGGCUUUCAAAUAAGUUUUGUUAUAUAUCAGGUAAAAUAUUUACUGGAGCAGUUUAUGCAUGUUUGUAACGAACUAAAAGACGAAAAUGAAAUCAAUGUUAUGAAAAAAUAUGCGAGAAGCACAAAACGUUACACGACUAGAUUUAAACGUAAGAAAACAACUAUUUUUUUAUCCAAUACGAUAAAUAAAGUUAAGUAAAAUAAUUUUAAAAAAUUAUAUUAUUGAAUUAAUUUAUAUAAGAACAUUCUUACCAUAUUUUAUCACAUUAAAACGUUUAAAUUAAAAUUACGUAAUUGAAAAUAGACAUGUAGGGGAAAGUUGCUGAAAAAAUAUCGCUUUAUUAAAACAAACAUUUUCAAUAUUUUAUCUUUCAAUAUUUUCAUCACUAAAUUUUUGUGCAAGUU